AUUUUAUUUUUCCUGCAAAGCUAGCCAAAUGUGACGAAAGUAGUUUCAUAUGGCAAAAUUUCAAAUAGAAACAGCUAAUAUUAGAAAAACAUUCAAGCAAUAAUAAAACAAUGCUAUACGAUCACAUCCGUCAAAGUAAGGUCAAAACAUGUCAGACGCAAGAUAGCAUUUUAGAAAAUAUACACGUACCCCAAAUUUGCAAACAAAAAUAAAAGAGGAAAAGACAACGCACGUUUUUUUUGAUACUAAAGAAUUAACUCAGUCACUCUCACCGCCUCUCUUUCUGCAGAUUCCUCCUUAUUGACGGCUCCAAAACGCCAGAGGAGCACCGUUCGUCCUCACUGAUUGGGGGAGAAAAGCAGAGAAAACUCGGCUUUGGAGGUGGUCAGCAAAGUUACUCAAAGUUUUGUCUUUGGCGCGACUCCGGAUCCCGAGCGGCGCGCACAAAACAGUUUGUUUGCAUCACUGAUUUCUUUUAAAGGGAUAUGAACCCUGUUCUGGGGCGACCGCAGGCGGCACGGCAGGAGAAAGCAAUCACAUUUAAAAUACUAAAAGCACAUCAGUGUUGGCUCUUCUGGCCAUCGAGCUUUAAUUAUCACGCUUUUUAGUUGCAUAUUACAAGAUGAAGUGACGCUAUUUUGCAGGAAAUAAACACAUAUAAAGAAAAGUCGUUAAGUUCAAUGAUCUAGUAAAUGUUAAUAUAGUGAUAUAACAGCUUAGAAAUCCAAUAUUGUUUUACUUCAUCUCCUAAUGUUGAUUUUUACGCAUAAUCCACACCAGCUGGCUAUACGUAAAGCGUUUUUAUUUACACUAUAAACCGCUUAAAUUGAUCACAAGCGUUACAAGUGGGCCUAAAUUCAUCAAACAGCACCUCACUUCUACGUGACACACCAGGAUAUGUUGCAUUCCCUCCUAAAUAGGUCAGGUGCAGAAUUAGUUUUGAUUUAGGCAAAUUUUCAACUGUUAAUCAGCUGAUGAGUAUUUCUACUUUUCAUCUCCAAAAGUCACCAUAAUUAAACUUCACAUUAUUCAUAUAUGUUCUGGAGCAUAUUAAACAAAUGAAAAUCUCAUUUCCUUGUGUAUUAUUGAGAUUGUUAAACCCAGUGGAUCCUCAUGGCUGAACAUGUCAACCCUACCGUUGUUUUUGUUUUUCUACUCAAUGCACAUUUUCUCAAAGUCCUGAGAAAAAUAAAGUACAACAUGUCAUGAAAUACUGGGUGUAUCUGUGUGCAUGCACCGGAUUCAAAUUAGGCUUUCCUCCUCGUACAUGUUCAGGGCUCUUCCCCUUUUACUAGGGCGAGGAUGGGGCGUUUGUAGACUGCUCCGUAGUCUGCGUCAUGUGGCCCAGUUUCUGCCGUCCUAUUGGUCAGAGGCACGUGUCUGGGAGGAGGGUGGGAGAACGUCACUCGGGGGGCUCGCAUUGAAAAUAAGAACAAAACUCCAGAGUGAGAGUAUUAGAGCAUCAGUUUAGGAGCCUCUUUAUUUACCCUUAGUUUAGUUUAGGUGUAGGCAUUCCCGAGGACGCACAAAUCGGAUGGUGGUAUAAAUUUGGAUGGUGCGCAAAUGGCAAGCGCUUUAGCUCUAAGAUAUCACUUGUAACCCGAUUUUAAGGGAAUAUAUGAGACAAAUUAUGCUUUUCUCAAAGGACACUACGGCAAGGCUUUGCGUGGUGUCCAAGGCACUCACUGGUAUCUGAGUUGUUUUAUUGAUUUAUUCUACCCGUGCAGUUUUUUGGGGUAAUUUCCCUCAAAGUUCUUCGCAAAAUUUCUUGCUGCGGAGGGAGCGACAAAGGGGUUAAAGAGCAUAAAGUGGGGGAAAGUGAAUCAGUAUGGAAGAAAAUGAUCACGGCAACAGAGAUGCGGUGGAGCGACAGGAGUCCGCGGAUGAAUCCAAUAGAGCCAUCCUCCCCCUGCUACAGGCGCCCGGGAACCUGCAGAUCCCGCACCGGGUCACCAAUUUUUUCAUCGACAACAUCCUCCGGCCGGACUUCGGACGCAAGAAGGACGUGGACGCUCACCUCGAUGAGAGCAGCCCAGCGUCGCGGGAGAGCCGCGGCAGCCCCGCCGCCCCUCAGACUGAGCCGGUGGGCAGCACUGUGCCAGCGGAGGGGACCUCCACUCCACACACAGUCACCGGGCCCAAGAAGCCCGCGAAAGCCGCCGAGGAGUCCCUGAAACCGAGCGGGGAGAGCGGAGACCAGUGCCUAAGCUCAGACUCAGACAGUUCCCAAGCCAGUUCCAACCCAUCCAUGUCGCAGCCCAUGUUGUGGCCAGCCUGGGUCUACUGCACCAGAUACUCGGACAGGCCUUCGUCAGGGCCAAGAUCUCGCAAACCAAAGAAGAAAACGACCAGCAAAGAGGACAAGCGACCACGGACGGCCUUCACAGCAGAGCAGCUGCAGAGACUAAAGUCGGAGUUCCAGACCAACCGGUACUUGACGGAGCAGAGGCGGCAGAAUCUGGCGCAGGAGCUGGGUCUGAACGAAUCCCAGAUCAAGAUCUGGUUCCAGAACAAAAGGGCCAAGAUCAAAAAGGCCAGCGGCACCAAGAACAGUUUGGCCUUGCACCUGAUGGCGCAGGGACUCUACAAUCACGCCACCGUCACGUCGAAAGACGAGAAAUCAGACAGCGAUUGAUUCCCAGAGAAGUAAACAGCAACCUC